AUGCGUGUGCCGACCGUGUUGUACCAGGGUCUUGGCCUUCUCCUGGCCUGUCAAUCAGCUCUUGCAGCCAGCACCGCAUGGACCUUCACCGAUGCUACCCUUACUGUUCAGGGCAAAGGCAGUGGAGUGGGGAGCGGGUUGAAAGAGAAGUUACAACCUAGCAAGCCUCUCUCCAGUCCGGUGUCUCUUGGAGCAGGUGACAGUCUCAAAAUCAUCUUGACCGCGCAAGAGGGCAAGAGUGCGAAACGUCCACACCAAGCCUCUCUCCUUCUGCAAAACCCGGCGACGAAUCUCGAUGUCUCGUACCCGUUCAGCGUCAAAGAGUCUGGUAAAGGCAAAAUCGAGCUGUCUCACAAAGACCUACCCACUCAGUUCCUCCGUAGCAGCUCGCCUCUCUCCGCUUCCGUGGUCAUUGCUUCCUUCGGCAGCUCCGAGGCCUACAAAUCCGAGGCCUUUCCUUUGAUAAUUCAGCUUGACGCCAACACCCCUGCUGCAACAACUGAAAAGCCUCUCCGCUACGGCAAGCAACCAGAGAUCCACCACAUUUUCCGAUCAGAUCCCAAGAGCCCAAACAUUGUCUUAGUGGCCUUCUUCACUAUCGCAGCUGUUGCUACUCUUCCUGUUCUCCUCGGUCUCUGGCUUCAGGUUGGCGGCAACGUUGCCCAUCUGUCCAAGGCGCUGUCAGACGCUCCAGUAUCCCAUGGCCUCUUCUUCGGCUCGGUUGUUGCCAUCGAGGGCAUCUUCUUCCUCUACUACACAGUGUGGAACCUCUUCCAAACGUUGCCCGUACUGGCCGUAGUAGGGGUUGUCGCCUACAUCAGCGGCAGCAGAGCUUUGACCGAGGUCCAGGAGCGCCGCCUUGCUGGACUGAGGUGA